AUAUGGGGGAAAACAAGUAGAUUCAUAUUUAAUUAUUUUGCUUUGUUUGGAAAAAUUUGUGCAAUAGUAGGACAAAAAUUCUUUAAUGAUACAUACAUGUGUACUAUAUUAGAAAAGUGUUCUGUUUAUAUUCAAAGCUUAAAAGGACAACGAACGCAUUGAAGUAAAAAGAGGGCUAUUCUGGGCUCUGGCUGCAUAUCGAUGGUUCGUGAUAUCUACACACGAAUUUAAUAGUUUUCGGGCAAAUAACUAUCUCUGUACAAGGAUCGAAAAGUUUGGGGGUUAAAAAUUUAAUCGGCUGCGCAUUUACUAAAUAUGCGGCUAAAAUUCUAGCUUCUUAUUUCGAAACUCAAAUAUUCCAACUACCUACAUGUGGGUGCGAAGCCGCGUAUUAAACAUACAUAUGUAAAUUAUGUCAGUGAGCGAUGCCGAUGAAAUACGCUCAGCUGCUGAAUCGCUGAUAAGCUCUCGCACGAACAUGGCCUAUCGUGGUGCAAUGUCUGUGCCGAUACCGCCCAACUAUGAUAUGUCACGCACACAUUCCAUCAACUUGAUCACCGAAGAAUUUCUGGGCGGUUAUAUGCAAGAUGGUCGCAUGUCGGUUGUACGUCGCUUCUUCUGUCUCUUUGUGACAUUCGAUUUAUUCUUCGUUUCGUUAUUGUGGUUAAUUUGUAUAAUGAUCAAUGGAGACAAUAUAUUUCAGGCAUUUCAAAAGCAAGUGGUCCAUUACACUUUUGGAACCUCUUUAUUUGAUGUAGUGGGAGCUGCUAUGUGCCGUUUUCUAGUUUUGACGUUCUUUUAUGCUUUGUUGUACAUAAACCAUUGGAUUAUAAUAGUUAUCAGUUCGUCGGAAUAUUGUUUUUUUUAUGUAUUGAAGAUAUGUAAUUAAUAAAAAAAUAUAAAUAAUUCACUAUUUCAGUGGGUCGACUCGCGUCAACAGGUUUUCGAAGUGAUACUCAUAAUAACGUCAUUCGUGUUGGCUUGGGGUGAAGCUUGGUUCCUCGAUUGCCGCGUCAUACCGCAGGAACGUCACGCGCGUAGCUAUUUCUCUGCAAUAGCUACUCCAGAACAGCGCUCACCAAUGAUGGCACCGUUUUUGGCCUCACAGUCGGAACGUAAUGUUCCGGAAAGCAUUUUUUAUUCACCUUUAGAAACGGUACACAAUAGCGAUGAUGAAGACGAUGAACAGGAUGAAGAAUAUCAUCAAAUGGCUUUGGAUUGUGUGCGGAGAGCACAUGAGCUAUUUGAAUCAAGCGAUUGGAAGGUAGAAAAGGUUACCAAUAAAGGAGACACGAUACGCAGUACGCAACGUGAAAAGAUGGGCAAAAUUUACAGACUAACAGCUCGUAUUAAAUAUCCACCCAAAGAGCUAAUGGAUGAACUCUUCUAUAACAUUGAAAAUGUUCCGAAAUGGAAUCCGACUUUGUUAGAAUCAAAAAUGGUGCAUAAAAUCAAUUCCUACACCGAUAUUACAUACCAGGCUAGUGUGGGUGGUGGCGGUGGCAUGGUGAAAAGUCGCGACUUCAUUAAUCUUCGCUGUUGGCGUCUCUUUCGCAAUGGCAAGAUAUGCGAAGAAUCCGAUGAUGAUGAUGAAGCGGAGAGUGGUACCGACACGGCCGGUCCAGGUAGCGUAUCCACCGUAUCAGAUGAUGACUCUGUACCCACCACACAGCCUAGCAGUGUUGAAAGUAAUCGUGCAAAAUUCUCAAGUAGCAGCAGUAGCGUAAUGCCUGGCGCUGGCGAUGCGGAUAGUCGAAGCGGUAGUGUGAAAAGUUUGCGUACUGGGCGGGCAUUUAAGACACUAAGUAAAAGCUUAGGCGCUAAAGAUUUUAGCGCAAUCGUACGUAUUGAUCCCGAUGAACCGCCACCAUUGGAAGAGGAUAGUUUUGAAGAUGCUCACGACAAUAUAGAUGACUUGGCGCAACUGGUGCAGAAGGAGGCACGGAUGGGAAUGCAAGAUGUACCACAGGAAAAUGCCGAUAUGGGUGAAGGGGCGGCUGUGAGUGGAGCUUUGGGUGGCGACGCUAGUAAAAAUAAAGUAUAUAUAAGCGCGGCAAUUAGUAUUGAUUAUGCGCCAGUUCCGCCGACUGCGAAAUAUAUACGCGGCGAAAAUCUUGUGACUGGGUUUGCGCUACAUGAAAUCGCAGGUAAAUCAGAUGCAUGCAUAUUCGACUGGAUUCUGUGUUUGGACUUGAAAGGUUACAUACCGCGGUAUGUGCUAGACACUGCCUACACCACUUUUAUGAGUGAUUAUAUGAAAUAUUUACGUAAAUAUGUAGUCGAGUUGCGCACUAAACGUAAACGAGUGUCUAGAAAAUAGCGGAAACAGAGUAUAGCGGUAUAACAGUGGGAAGAAAAACUGGCAUUCUUCAAUAAAUUUCGCACUCAUCCUGCUACAUGUAUUAGUCUUAUAUUCAUCAAACAUCGGUUAAAAUAGAACAUAUUUAAGGAACUGAUUAUGCAUGAUCUUGUUUAUAUAUAUUUUUACAACGCGAUUAUUAUAGAAUUUCUAAAAGUUUAAUGGUUGAUAACAAGUCCGAAAUGAUUCGCUAAAUAUUAGAUCUUAAUUAUGAAAAUUUUAAAACACAUACAUACAUAUAUUUUCUACAAUUAGGUCCAACAAUGUGAGAAUAAUGAAAUUAAUAUUGUUUGUACUCUUGUAAGUUAUAGCUUAGGUUAAAGUGAAAUAUUAAAGUUCAUUUGCUUCUGAAUUUGAACUAAAAACUCGGCGCACAAGUUAAUGAGACGUAUAUUUUACAGCAUAAUCUAUUUUUGUUGUAAUAUUUCAUGCCGUAUUAAGAUGAUAAUAUACAAUUUAUUAGCAAUUACUUUUAAGAUUUAAUCGUA